AUGGAGGAUUAUAAGUGGGAGUUAGGAACAUACUUUGCAACUAACCAAGACUUCAAGGAUGCCAUAAGGACAUAUGCCAUACACAAUGGUAGGGACAUGAAGUUCAAGAAAAAUGAUAAAAAAAGGAUGAGAGUGAUAUGUAAAAAAGGGUGUCCAUGGGAGGCAUAUUGUGCCAAAAUUCAGAAUGAGGAAACAUGGCAGCUCAGGAAGAUUGUUGACAAACAUACUUGUAUUAGGGAUUUCAAGGUAAAUUUGUUAAACUCAAAAUGGCUGAGUAGUAAGAUACAGAAAAAUGUUAGAGAGAAUCCUAAUUUAAGGCUAGCUGACAUUAUGGAAAAAACUCAACAGAAAUGGAAUGUGGGAAUCAAUAGAACUCUUGCAUACAGGGCCAAGACAAAGGCAAUUGACAUUGUUGAUGGCUCAUUUAGAGAACAAUAUAAAAGGAUACAUGACUAUGCACAUGAACUUCCAAGGGCCAAUCCUGGUUCAACAGUCAAAGUAACCAGUCAACCAUUCCAAGGUGAAGAAGAAAGCAUUGAGAAUCCUCAAAGUCAACUGAGUCCCCAUUUUCAGAGAAUGUACAUUUGUUUUAAGGCAUGCAAGGACAGCUUCUUUAAGUGCGGGCCUAUAAUAGGAUUGGAUGGAUGCUUCUUGAAGGGUUAUUAUGGUGGACAGUUUCUUGCUGCAAUUGGGAGGGAUCCCAAUGAUCAGAUGAUGCCUAUUGCUUAUGCUGUGGUGGAGGGAGACACCAAAGAUUCAUGGAGUUGGUUCCUUGAGUUGCUGAUAGCUGAUCUUGGUGGGGAAAGGAUUUGCAAAACUUACACUUUCAUAAGUGAUCAACAAAAGGGACUAUUAACAGCCCUAGAAGAACUAUUGCCUCAAGUGGAUCAGAGGUUCUGUGUCAGCAAUUUUAGAAAGAAAUUCCCUGGUGCCAAACUCAAGGAAUUGAUGUGGAAAGCUGCUACAGCUAGUUAUACUAAUGCAUUUGAAAGGGCUAUGCUGGAGAUGAAGGGUGUUAAUGAGAAUGCCUUCAAGCAUUUGAUAAAGCUGCCAGCUAGAUAUUGGAGUAAGGCAUUCUUCAAGCCAUAUCCUCUUUGUGAUGCCUUGGUGAACAACAUGUCAGAGGCUUUCAACUCUGUGUUUGUGACUUCUAAGGCCAAACCUAUAAUUACCAUGCUUGAAGAAAUCAGAGUAUAUCUCAUGCAAAGGUGGGAGUCAAAUAGAGAGAAAAUUGCCAAGCGUGCAGGUGAGAUUGACUAUGAAGUGAGGCACAUCUCAAACAAUGGAGAAAAGUAUGUGGUGAAUUUGUCCACCAAGCUGUGUUCUUGCAGGUUAUGGAUGCUGACAGGUUUACCUUGUUGUCAUGCCAUGAGUUGUAUGAAAUCACAACAACUUGAUAUUGAAAAUUUUGUGCCUGACUGUUACAAAAAAUCUGUUUAUGAGGCAUGUUAUGCAAGUGUUAUUUUUCCUGUCAAUGGAGAAAAUCUGUGGGAGAAGAAGGAAUAUGCUGAAUUGCAACCACCACCUAUCAAGAGGCAGCCAGGAAGGCCAAAGAAGAAGAGAACUAGAGACCCAUCUGAAAGUAUAAGGAAUGAGACUCAACUCAAAAGAGCAAACUUUGGCAUUAAGUGCAGUAGGUGCCACAUGAUGGGGCACAACAAAUCAACAUGCAAACUGCCACCACCAAGCCAGUCUGCUCAACCUGAAACUACUCAGCCUGAGCCAAUUCAGCAUGGACCUAGCCAGCCUGAAGCUACUCAACCUGGAGCUACUCAGCAAGAAUCAACCCAGUCUGAAGCAAUUCUGAAUUAG